AAGACUAGCUGUGAUUUUUUUCUGAUUUAUUGACGUUCGCUAAAAUGUCUGAAAGAGAUGCCUUGGCUCCGAAGAGACCGGAAGUUCAGCCCCAGUCAACGAUUCCGAGCCAGGCUCUGUACCAUGACAGCACACAGACGCCGAUGGCCAGGUGCCUGCAAUGGUUGUUCGUGGCCUUGGUGGUCGUCAUGGUUCUGGUGUGCAUGAUACUGAGCAUAGUGCAGGGAGUGAAAAACAAGGCUAACGGAGCGCUGUACUUCAUGAUGGGUCUCAGUUUACUGGGUUUCGUUUUCAUAGAGGUCAUUCUCAUACUAUUUAUUCGCCGAGACCAUUUGGACCGUAUCAAACUCUGGUUCCUCUACUUCGUAGGCGGUAUCGUCAUCUUGGAGUCCAUUUUCACGGACGUUUUGCUAUAUAAAAAGUGAUUUAUCUUUGUUUAGACACACACACACAUAUA